GCGGCAAACUUGAGCUCCACACGUCGUUCUCGCAGUAAUGACGGACAUUUUGACGCUCGUGUUCAAGACCUUCAUGUCCGAGAGUGGUCUUAAGAAGGACCCCAGUGUUUGUCCUCCCUCACCCGCACCCUGCAGCGCCCUCAUGGUGGGAGAUCACCGCAUCAGCCGCUCCCUGCUGCUGCUGGCGGCCGUCACCGCCGCCUCAGAGAGGGGCCUCAAGGUGCUGUUCUUGGCCCAGACUCAAAUUCAGAGCCUGCCUGUGUUCCUGCAGAGGUGCAGUCCGAGUCUGAGCCCAGAAAGUCUAAAGAAAAUCACAUUUUCCUACCCGCGGACCCUGGAGGAGCUGCUCCAGCAGGUUGCCAGUCUCCACGAGUCCCCCGCUCCCCCCUCGCUUAUCAUCAUUGACAGACUGGAGGGCUUCCUGCGGGGAGCUGCAGGCCACGGCCACAGUGGAUUUCACUCAGGAGAGCAGUCCUGUGCUGCACAUGUGUGUGCGCUGCUUUGUGACACCACUGCCUUUCUCACACAGAGGGGGUCCAGUUCAGCCCCCUCCUCCUUCAUUGCUUCCUUCCUGUCAGAUGGAGACGCUGGGCAAGACGGCAAGGAGUCGUCCACAGAUCCGAUUCUUGAUGUUCUUGACCGUUAUUUCCAGGUGCGCUGCACUCUGGACCAGGACAGAAGCUACGAAGCUGUGGCUGCUGCAGCGCAGGAGGCGUGGCACAUUUACCUUUCAGGGAGAGGACUCGCAGAGAGCUGUGAAGACGGGCCAUCCGUGGCCCAGGAGUGGAAGCUCUUCAUUUUCCCAGAUGGUUUAAUGGAGUUCAAGUUGGUUUGAAAGAGGAAGGACGACUGAAUUAACCAUAACUGUUCUGCUACAAAGUUAU